UUUUUACUUUUGGAUUUUUCAAAUUUUCAAUAGAUAUAAUAUGGGUACUACUUAACCUAUGAUUUCGACGUUGUUGUUGAACUACUUAUCGGUCUUAUUUUGUUGUAUAAUUUCUGUGAUUUUUGAGAUAAAAAGUUUGAAUUAUGGGUGGAGCGUCAUUGCCACCUGGGUUUCGGUUUCAUCCAACUGAUGAAGAAUUGAUCGGGUAUUAUCUUAAAAGGAAGGUUGAAGGUCUUAAAAUUGAGCUUGAAGUGAUUCCCGUUAUCGAAUUGUACAAGUUUGAUCCAUGGGAAUUGCCGGAUAAAUCUUUCCUUCCAAAGCGCGAUAUGGAGUGGUACUUCUUUGUCCCACGUGAUCGGAAAUACCCAAAUGGAUCACGCACGAAUAGAGCUACAAACGCUGGUUAUUGGAAAGCCACGGGAAAAGACCGAAAAGUGAUGUGCCAAUCUUCUUUGGCAGGGUAUCGUAAGACGCUCGUUUUUUAUCGUGGUCGAGCGCCUUUAGGUGAUCGCACGGAUUGGGUGAUGCACGAGUAUCGAUUAUGUGACGAUGUUUCUGGAGGGACGCCAAGUUUUCAGGGACCGUUUGCUUUGUGCCGUGUGACGAAAAAGAACGAGUUGAAAACGAGCUAUGUCACUCGUGAAACAAAAGCCAAAGAAGUUGGAAGUGGUUAUAACGGAGAUAUUAACGAGUCGGUGGUUAUUCGAACAAGUGUACGUAUGGGUGAAGAGAGUAAUUUAUCAAGUCCUCUCACAUCUUAUGAGAAGACGUCUACGUUUUCUGACGAACCAACGUCAUCAACAGGCCUCAACAAUCCUUCGAGCUUUUGGGUCUCGCCCGAUUUGAUUCUCGAUUCUUCGAAGGAACAAUCAAAAGUACCCGAAGGAUCAUUCGGGUGUUUCACACCAAACAAGAUUCCAAAUCCAACGAGUCCAUGGCAACCAUAUCACCAAUUCGAGAUUUCACCAAGUUCAUCGUACUCGAAUUUUACAGAGGAAGUUGAACCCAUUGAUGAUCUAAGUCGAUUUGGCUACAUGUCACCAUAUUCAGGAAACGAAAGCUUUACAAGAAUCUUCGAAAACAAAGAUUUUCCAUACGAGUUCUAAAGAGGAAUUUGAACCUCCAAAAACACACAAAAAAAUGGAUUUUACGACAUUCCUAAUACGUUUUAAAGUUGUUGGUUUGUACUUGUCGUUUGUUGGUUUAUAGUAGAAUACAAAAACAACCCUUGAGCGACGACCACUUUUAUCGAUCCUCGCUAGGAGUUGAUGUAAUUGUUGCUUGUAUAAGUCUCUUCUUUCAUGGAAGCCAUCUACUGCGAAAUAUUAUCUUUUUGCU